GCUUCCAGGCUGCAGGAGGGCCAAUCAGGAUCCAGUCUCCAUCUCAGUCCAUCCCCCAGCCAGGCUUCCAGGCUGCAGGAGGGCCAAUCAGGAUCCAGUCUCCAUCUCAGUCCAUCCCCCAGCCAGGCUUCCAGGCUGCAGGAGGGCCAAUCAGGAUCCAGUCUCCAUCUCAGUCCAUCCCCCAACCAGGCUUCCAGGCUGCAGGAGGGCCAAUCAGGAUCCAGUCUCCAUCUCAGUCCAUCCCCCAGCCAGGCUUCCAGGCUGCAGGAGGGCCAAUCAGGAUCCAGCUGCAGGAGGGCCAAUCAGGAUCCAGCCUCCGUCUCAGUCCAUCCCCCAGCCAGGCUGCCAGGCUGCAGGAGGGCCAAUCAGGAUCCAGCCUCCGUCUCAGUCCAUCCCCCAGCCAGGCUGCCAGGCUGCAGGAGGGCCAAUCAGGAUCCAGCCUCCGUCUCAGUCCAUCCCCCAGCCAGGCUGCCAGGCUGCAGGACCUGCAAUCCCCCAAGCCUCCAAUCCUCCAAUCCCCCAAGCCUCCAAACCUCCAAUCCCCCAAACCUCCAAUCCUCCAAUCCCCCAAAUCUCCAACCCUCCAAUCUCCCAAGCAUGCAAUCCCCCAAGCCUCCAACCCUCCAAUCUCCCAAGCCUCCAAGCCUCCAAUCCCCCAAACCUCCAACCCUCCAAUCUCCCAAGCCUCCAAUCCCCAAGCCUCCAAGCCUCCAAUCCCCCAAACCUCCAACCCUCCAAUCUCCCAAGCCUCCAAUCCCCCAAGCCUCCAAGCCUCCAAUCCCCCAAACCUCCAAGCUUCCAAUCCCCCAAGCCUCCAAUCCCCCAAGCCUCCAAACCUCCAAUCCCCCAAGCCUCAAAUCCCCCAAGCCUCCAAGCCUCCAAUCCCCCAAGCCUCCAAUCCCCCAAACCUCCAACCCUCCAAUCUCCCAAGCCUCCAAUCCCCCAAGCCUCCAAGCCUCCAAUCCCCCAAACCUCCAAGCCUCCAAUCCCCCAAACCUCCAAGCCUCCAAUCCCCCAAGCCUCCAAUCCCCCAAGCCUCCAAACCUCCAAUCCCCCAAGCCUCCAAUCCCCCAAGCCUCCAAGCCUCCAAUCCCCCAAGCAUCCAAUCCCACAAGCCUCCAAUCCCCCAAGCCUCCAAGUCUCCAAUCCCCCAAGCCUCCAAUCCCCCAAGCCUCCAACCCUCCAAUCUCCCAAGCCUGCAAUCCCCCAAGCCUCCAAUCCUCCAAUCCCCCAAGCCUCCAAGCCUCCAAUCCCCCAAACCUCCAACCCUCCAAUCCCCCAAACCUCCAACCCUCCAAUCUCCCAAGCCUGCAAUCCUCCAAUCCCCCAAACCUCCAACCCUCCAAUCUCCCAAGCCUCCAAUCCCCCAAGCCUCCAAGCCUCCAAUCCCCCAAACAUCCAACCCUCCAAUCUCCCAAGCCUCCAAUCCCCCAAGCCUCCAAACCUCCAAACCUCCAAGCCUCCAAUCCCCCAAGCCUCCAAUCCCCCAAGCCUCCAAGCCUCCAAUCCCCCAAGCCUCCAAUCCCCCAAGCCUCCAAUCCCCCAAGCCUCCAAGUCUCCAAUCCCCCAAGCCCCCAAGCCUCCAAGCCUUCAAUCUCCCAAGCCUGCAAUCCCCCAAGCCUCCAAUCCUCCAAUCCCCCAAGCCUCCAAUCCUCCAAUCCCCCAAGCCUCCAAGCCUCCAAUCUCCCAAGCCUCCAAUCCCCCAAGCCUCCAAGCCUCCAAUCCCCCAAACCUCCAACCCUCCAAUCUCCCAAGCCUGCAAUCCCCCAAGCCUCCAAUCCCCCAAGCCUCCAAGCCUCCAAUCCCCCAAACCUCCAACCCUCCAAUCUCCCACGCCUGCAAUCCCCAAAGCCUCCAACCCUCCAAUCCUGUGUCAUGGCUGA